AUGCGGGCCCCACGAGGCGUGGAGGACCGGCUGGAGCCCCGGGGGACUGCGUCCUUCAGCUCCCGAAGCGGGGUAGGGUGGAGCCUGGGCUGGUGCGUCUUUGUCCUGGCCCUCCUCUCUGCCCAGGCGGGUAGCAGCCAGACCUUCACCAGCUUCCACCCCGAGCGUCGGGAGUGGGCCUUCAACCACCUCACCGUCCACCGGUCCACAGGAGCGCUGUACAUCGGUGCCGUCAACCGGGUCUACAAGCUCUCCGGGAACCUGACGCUGCUGGUGUCCCACGACACGGGCCCAGAGGACGACAACAAGGCCUGCUACCCUCCACUGAUCGUGCAGCCCUGCACCGAGCCUCUGGUGUCCACCAACAACGUCAACAAGCUGCUGCUCAUCGACUACUCUCAGAACCGGCUGCUGGCCUGCGGGAGCCUCUACCAGGGCGUGUGCAAGCUUCUGCGGCUGGACGACCUCUUCAUCCUGGUGGAGCCGUCGCACAAGAAGGAGCACUACCUCUCCAGCGUCAACCAGACGGGCACCAUGUACGGGGUGAUCGUGCCCUCGCACGGGCAGGACGGCACGCUCUUCAUUGGCACGGCGGUGGACGGCAAGCAGGACUACUUCCCCACCAUCUCCAGCCGCAAGCUGCCCCGAGACCCCGAGUCCUCGGCCAUGCUGGACUACGAGAUGCACACCGACUUUGUCUCCUCGCUCAUAAAGAUCCCCUCCGACACGCUGGCGCUGGUGUCCCACUUCGACAUCUACUACGUGUACGGCUUUGCGAGCGGGGGCUUCGUGUACUUCCUGACGGUGCAGCCCGAGACGCCGGAGAACAGCAUGUCGUCGGGCGGUUCCCCCAGCGACCUGUUCUACACCUCCCGGAUCGUGCGCCUCUGCAAGGACGACCACAAGUUCCACUCGUAUGUGUCGCUUCCCGUGGGCUGCGUGCGCAAUGGUGUGGAGUACCGCCUGCUGCAGGCUGCCUACCUCUCCAAGCCUGGCCGCGUGCUGGCCACCUCGCUCAACAUCAGCGCCCAGGACGACGUGCUCUUCGCCGUCUUCUCCAAGGGCCAGAAGCAGUACCACCGGCCGCCAGACGACUCGGCCCUCUGCGUCUUCACCAUCCGCGACAUCAACGCCCGCAUCAAGGAGCGCCUGCAGUCCUGCUACCAGGGGGAGGGCAACCUGGAGCUCAACUGGCUGCUGGGGAAGGACGUCCAGUGCACCAAGGCGCCUGUGCCCAUCGACGACUCGUUCUGCGGACUGGACAUCAACCAGCCCCUGGGCGGCUCCCAGCUGGUGGCAGGCCACACGCUGUACACCGAGACCCGCGACCGAAUGACCUCCGUCACCUCCUACGUCUACAACGGCUACUGCGUGGCCUUCGUGGGCACCAAGAGCGGCCAUCUCAAGAAGAUUCGGGUGGACGGGCCUCCACACGGCGGGGUGCAGUACGAGACCGUGUCAGUCAUGAAGGACAACAGCCUCAUCCUGCGGGACAUGGCCUUCUCGCUGGACGGGAACUUCCUCUACGUCAUGUCCGAGAGACAGGUGACCAGGGUCCCCAUUGAGUCCUGUGAGCAGUAUGGGACAUGUGGGGAGUGUCUGAGCUCUGGAGACCCCCACUGCGGCUGGUGUGUCCUGCACAACAUGUGUUCUCGGAAGGACCGCUGCGAGCGGGCGGAUGAGCCCUUCCGCUUUGCGGCCACGCUGAGCCAGUGCGUGAAGGUGACAGUGUACCCCGACAGCAUCGCCGUGUCAGAGCCCAGCGUGCCGCUCCUGGUGAAGGUGAGCGAUGUCCCCGACCUGUCCACCGGAAUCACCUGCUCCUUCGGGAACCUGACAGAGGUGGAGGGCAAGGUCAGCGGGAACCAGAUCUUGUGCAUCUCUCCAGCCGCCAAAGAUGUCCCGGUCAUCCCAACCGACCAAGACUGGUUCGGUGUGGAGCUACGGCUGAACUCCAAGGAGACGGGCCAGAUGCUGACCAGCACAGAGGUCAAGUUCUACAACUGCAGCGUGCACCAGCUGUGCCUGUCCUGUGUGAACAGUGCCUUCCGCUGCCACUGGUGCAAAUACCGCAACCUGUGCACACACGACCCCACCAGCUGCUCCUUCCAGGAGGGCCGCGUGAAUGCCUCAGAGGACUGCCCCCAGCUGGUGCGCUCGGAGGAGAUCCUGAUCCCGGCGGGCGAGGUGAAGCCCAUCACGCUGAAGGCCCGGAACCUUCCCCAGCCGCAGUCAGGACAGCGCGGGUACGAGUGUGUGCUGCACAUCCAGGGGGUCAACCACCGCGUCACCGCCCUGCGCUUCAACAGCUCCAGCGUGCAGUGCCAGAACAGCUCGUACCUUUAUGAGGGGAUGAAGAUCAGCGAGCUGCCAGUGGACUUCUCCGUCGUGUGGAACGGAAACUUCAUCAUCGAUAACCCCGAGAACAUUCAAGUGCACCUGUACAAGUGCGCGGCGCAGAGGGACAGCUGCGGGGUGUGUCUGAAGGCGGAGAGGAAGUUCCAGUGCGGCUGGUGCACGGGGGAGAGCCGCUGCACUCUCCGACACCACUGCCCUGCCCCGACCUACGCCAACCGCUGGCUGGACCUGUCCAGCAAGAACGUCAAGUGCACCAACCCCCGCAUCACUGAGGUGACUCCAAUGGCGGGACCUCCGGAGGGGGGCACUAGGGUGACCAUCCAUGGGACAAAUCUGGGCCUGGCCUUCUCAGAGCUGGUGGGGAACGUGGAGGUGGCGGGGGUUCAGUGCACCCCCCAGGAAGAUGGCUACAUCAUCGCCGAACAGAUCGUGUGCGAGAUGGAUGCCACGCACCCGGAGAGCAAGCCCGGUCCAGUGGAGCUGUGCAUCGGGGAGCGCAGGCCAGAGCUGCAGGCUCGCUCCUCCCAGCUCUACUCCUUCGUGAUGCCGUCCGUGUUGGGGCUGUCCCCAAGUCGAGGGCCCGAGUCUGGGGGCACCAAGGUGACCAUCAUGGGGGAGAACCUGGGAGCCGGAAGCAGUGUCACUGUCCUGUUCGGGAACCAGACCUGUGAAUUCUACGGGCGGACCAUGACAGAGAUCGUGUGCUACUCUGCCCCCUCCCUGACCGGGGUGGGGUCUGUGCAGAUCAGUGUGGGCGUAGACCGGGCGCAGGUGAGGGAGAGCCUGGUCUUCCAGUACAUAGAGGACCCCACCGUGCAGCGCAUCGAGCCAGAGUGGAGCAUCGCCAGCGGCCACACCCCGCUGACUGUGACCGGGACCAACCUGGACGUGGUGCAGGAGCCUCGCAUCCGGGUCCGAUACGCCGGCCACGAGUCCGUCAACGUCUGUAAGGUGCUGAACACCACCACCAUGAGCUGCUACGCUCCUUCCCUGACGGCCGAGUACCGGCCCGGCCUGGACUCGGUGAAGCACGCCGACGAGUUCGGCUUCAUCUUCAACAAUGUGCAGGCCCUGCUCAGCUACAACAACACCAACUUCAUCUACUACCCCAACCCCUACUUCGAGCCUCUCAGCACCUCUGGCGUGCUGGAGCAGAAGCCAGGCUCCCCCAUCAUCCUCAAGGGCAGGAACCUGGUGCCCCCUGCUUCAGGAGGGGUCAAACUGAACUACACAGUGCUUAUCGGGGAGACGCCCUGCUCUGUCACCGUCUCUGAGACCCAGCUGCUGUGUGAGCCGCCCAACCUCACCGGACAGUACAAAGUCCUGGUCCAGGUGGGCGGGCUCCACGUUUCCCCCGGGGCAGUGCACAUCCUGUCCGACAGCCUGCUGACCCUGCCUGCCAUCGUCAGCAUCGCGGCCGGCGGAGGCCUGCUGCUCAUCAUCGUCAUCAUCGUCCUCAUCGCCUACAAGCGCAAGUCCCGCGAGAACGACCUCACCCUCAAGCGUCUUCAGAUGCAGAUGGACAACCUGGAGUCCCGCGUGGCUCUGGAGUGCAAGGAAGCAUUCGCCGAACUGCAGACCGACAUCAACGAGCUGACCAGCGACCUGGAUCGAGCGGGCAUCCCCCACCUGGACUACCGCACCUACGCCAUGCGCGUGCUCUUCCCCGGCAUCGAGGACCAUCCUGUGCUGCGGGAGCUGGAGGUCUCGGGGAAUGGGCAGCUGAGUGUGGAGAAGGCCCUGAAGAUGUUUGGCCAGCUCAUCAACAACAAAGUGUUCCUGCUGACCUUCAUCCGCACCCUGGAGCUGCAGCGCUCCUUCUCCAUGCGCGACCGCGGCAACGUGGCCUCGCUCAUCAUGACCGCCCUGCAGGGCAAGCUGGAGUACGCCACCGACGUGCUCAAGCACCUGCUGUCCGACCUCAUCGACAAGAACCUGGAGAGCAAGAACCACCCCAAGCUGCUGCUGCGCAGAACCGAGUCUGUUGCUGAGAAGAUGCUGACCAACUGGUUUGCCUUCCUGCUCCACAAAUUUUUGAAGGAGUGUGCGGGCGAGCCUCUCUUUAUGCUGUACUGUGCCAUUAAGCAGCAGAUGGAGAAGGGCCCCAUCGACGCCAUCACUGGAGAGGCUCGCUACUCGCUGAGUGAAGACAAGCUCAUCCGCCAACAGAUUGAGUACAAGACCCUGAUCCUCAACUGUGUGAACCCCGAUAACGAGAACAGCCCUGAGAUCCCAGUCAAGGUGCUCAACUGUGACACCAUCACCCAGGUGAAGGAGAAGAUCCUGGACGCCGUGUAUAAGAACAUGCCCUACUCCCAGAGGCCCCGGGCCGUGGAUAUGGACCUGGAGUGGCGACAGGGGCGAAUGGCACGUGUGGUUCUUCAGGAUGAAGACAUCACCACCAAGAUUGAGAACGACUGGAAGAGGCUCAACACACUUAUGCACUACCAGGUGUCAGACCGCUGUGUGGUGGCGUUGGUGCCCAAGCAGACAUCAUCCUACAACAUCCCUCCCUCUGCCAGCAUCUCUCGCACCUCCAUCAGCAGAUACGACUCCACGUUUCGGUACACGGGCAGCCCUGACAGCCUGCGGUCCCGCGCCCCCAUGAUCACGCCGGACCUGGAGAGCGGCGUCAAGGUGUGGCACCUGGUCAAGAACCACGAGCACGGCGACCAGAAGGAGGGCGACCGCGGCAGCAAGAUGGUGUCCGAGAUCUACCUGACCCGCCUGCUGGCCACCAAGGGCACGCUGCAGAAGUUUGUGGACGACCUGUUCGAGACGCUCUUCAGCACGGUGCAUCGCGGCAGCGCCCUGCCCCUCGCCAUCAAGUACAUGUUCGACUUCCUGGACGAGCAGGCGGACAAGCACGGCAUCCAUGACACGGACGUGCGUCACACGUGGAAGAGCAACUGCCUCCCGCUGCGUUUCUGGGUGAACGUGAUCAAGAACCCGCAGUUCGUCUUCGACAUCCACAAGAGCAGCAUCACAGACGCCUGCCUGUCUGUGGUAGCACAGACCUUCAUGGACUCCUGCUCCACCUCCGAGCACCGGCUGGGCAAGGACUCCCCCUCCAACAAGCUGCUGUACGCCAAGGACAUCCCCAACUACAAGAGCUGGGUGGAGAGGUACUACGCCGAUAUCAACCGGCUGCCUGCCAUCAGCGACCAGGACAUGAACGCAUACCUGGCGGAGCAGGCUCGCCUGCACUCCACCGAAUUCAACAUGCUGAGCGCCCUCAACGAGAUCUACUCCUACGUCAGCAAAUACAGCGAAGAGCUCACAUCAGCCCUGGAGCAGGACGAACAGGCCAAGAAGCAGAGGCUGGCCUACAAGGUGGAGCAGCUGAUCGGCGCCAUGUCCCUGGAGAGCUGAGACGAUCGCACCGGAGCACCUGUCCAUCAGCAGCACCCGCCCAAGCCCCAGAACACACCGCACCCUGGGCUGGGGGCGCCACUGACUCAAGAUUUUUAUUUUAGGGGAGGGGACAGAAAAAAAAAAGUUGACUCUUGAUUUAAUUUCUUUUUGAAAAGCGAAAGGCCAUGUCCGGCAGCUGCUGGGAGACUCCUGCGAAGGCUGAAGAAACGGCACGGAGGGGGUUACGGGGUGUGAAAACGAGAAGGAGAGGACAGGGGGAGGUGAAGGACUUCCUGAGGUGUCAUGGAUUCCUUUCUGUGGCAGAGCCCUUGUGUGUCAGUGCCGGGUUUGUGUUGUGCGUGGAGUGCUGCUUCAGUGACAGGACUCCACAGAGGAGAAGACCGCUGUGAUCGGACAGGCAGGGUGCUCUCAGAGGAACCAGUGGAGCUGACAACACACAGAGAGAGAGAGAGAGGUCCAUCCUCACAUAGCCCCGCACCCGAUUUCCUGAGCUACAGACGCAAGAGUGUGCUCCCAAAUUUUAUUUUUGUACGCGUACAUUUUAUUUUAUCUCGAGUUUUAAGCUCGGUAACUCGGACAGCUGUCACGUUCUGAUUGUGGUUUGUGUAGACCU